AUGGCCAGAAGCGAUGGAGUUGCUGCAGCUUUGGCAGCGCCAAUCUUCAUGGUCGUGGGCUUUAUCUUUUGGGAACAGCACUGGAAAGGCAGCGCCCUAGAGCUCAACAUCUUCAAAUGUAGUCUUGCUUCUGUUCUCUGCGCCGUGAUGAUCGCCAUCACCACUGGCCUGGCGCAUCUGGCAGAGGCAAGUGGCAUGGCCCUGAACAUGCUGGCGGUCUCUUCAUUGAUUGGCAUUGUCAUUGGUGACCUGACCUGGUUGAUGGCUCUGCAGCGCAUUGGCGCACGACGGGUCAUUGUAGUGGACUGCUUGGCACCCUUCAUUGGCGCUAUGCUGGGACGGAUCUUCUUGGAUGAGCGUAUCGCGAGCCUCGGAUAUGCAGGCAUGCUUGUUACAGUAGUUGGAGUUCUGCUUUGUGCGCUGGAGAAACAAGCAGAUCAUGACGAUCGAGCAGAACAAAAGCUGGAUGGGGACGUGCUAUUCUCCGGCUACUCUCUUGCGUUUGUAAAUGUUUUCUUUGAUGCCAUGGGAGCCUUUCUCACAAAGAGGUGGGGUGGUCCCCCGCUGGAUGCCUUGGACAUCACUGUCAUUCGCUUUGGUGCAGCCUCAAUCAUGCUCCUUGCAGUCUACUUGGUCAUCAAGGUGUCGGGCAUGGUAUCACAGCAGCAGUUUUUGGGGGAUGCGGUUCUGCCAUACGAUGAAACGAAACCACUUUUGGAAUCUGAGCAAAAGGAAGGGCUGGCACCAACAUCUCUACUCGGCAUGACGCAGCGCGAGUGGUUGUUGGUGACAAUGGGCGUGCUCUUGGUGACGUGUUGCAAUCCAGUCCUCUACAACUACGCCUUGUUUCAGAUUCCACUGGCAUUCGCUAUUACCCUCGCAAGCUUUGGACCUAUCUAUGCAAUUCCACUCGUGUACUUGAUGAGGAAAGGAGAAGCAGUCACGACUCGGUCGGUCGUAGGGGCUCUCCUUGCAGUCGCCGGCGUGGUCAUGUUGGCCCAGUCGUGA